AGAGAAGGAGGGAGGGAAAGAGAGAGAGAGGGCGGCCGCAGCCUCCUCGCCCAGGCGGAGCCGCCUUUCCCUUUCCCUUUCCCGGCCGCCGAGCCCCGGGCGCGCUGUGCUGCGGGGGCGGGCAUGGCCGCGCGGGGCGGCGGCGGCGGGAGCUGCGCCCCGACUUCCUAGAAGUCGAGGAGCCCAGAAAUAGUUGCUGGCGUGAAGGCGAGAGAAGCUCGGUUUCGAUCCCGAGGUCCUCGCGGUGCGGUGAAGCCGCUGGCUGCGCCCGUGAGGAGGAGGGAGGGGAGGAAGAGCAGCAGGAGGAGGAGGAGGAGGAGGAGGAUAACAUGAUGGAGUUCAGAUUUUCUGAAGAAAAGCUGCGGAUCUUGGAGCAGUACCGUUGACGAGACCUCCUGAUUGCAGCACCCAGAGCGGGGUCCUGUAACGAAUUUGUCCCAAGAAACGUACAAUGGAUCUCAAGGAGAGCUGCCCAAGCGUUAGCAUUCCCAGCUCUGAUGAACACAGAGAGAAGAAAAAGAGAUUUACUGUUUACAAAGUGUUGGUCUCUGUUGGCAGAAAUGAGUGGUUUGUCUUUCGACGGUAUGCAGAGUUUGAUAAACUCUACAAUACGCUAAAGAAGCAAUUUCCCACCAUGAACCUGAAGAUUCCAGCUAAAAGAAUAUUUGGAGAUAAUUUUGAUCCUGAUUUUAUUAAACAGAGAAGAGCAGGACUGAAUGAAUUCAUUCAAAAUUUAGUUAGACAGCCAGAGCUAUGCAACCACCCAGAUGUCAGAGCAUUUCUUCAGAUGGAUAACCCAAAACACCAGUCAGAUCCAUCUGAAGAUGAAGAUGAAAGGAGCAGUCGGAAGUUAAACUCUACCUCACAGAAUAUCAACCUGGGACCAUCUGGAAAUCCUCAUGCUAAACCAACAGACUUUGAUUUCCUGAAAGUUAUUGGGAAAGGCAGCUUUGGCAAGGUUCUUCUUGCAAAACGAAAACUGGAUGGGAAAUACUAUGCUGUCAAAGUGUUGCAGAAAAAAAUUGUUCUCAAUAGGAAAGAGCAAAAACAUAUUAUGGCUGAACGUAAUGUGCUUUUGAAAAAUGUGAAACAUCCAUUUUUGGUUGGACUACAUUACUCAUUCCAAACAACAGAAAAGCUUUACUUUGUCCUGGAUUUUGUUAAUGGAGGAGAGCUGUUCUUUCACUUACAAAGAGAACGUUCCUUUCCUGAGCACAGAGCCAGAUUUUAUGCUGCUGAAAUAGCCAGUGCACUGGGCUACCUACACUCCAUAAAUAUAGUCUACAGGGAUUUAAAACCAGAAAACAUUCUCCUAGAUUCACUAGGUCAUGUUGUCUUGACAGACUUUGGACUUUGUAAAGAAGGGAUUGCAACUUCUGAUACCACUGCAACUUUCUGUGGGACCCCAGAAUAUCUUGCACCAGAAGUCAUUAAAAAGCAGCCCUAUGACAACACAGUAGACUGGUGGUGCCUUGGUGCAGUUCUUUAUGAAAUGCUUUAUGGGCUGCCUCCUUUUUACUGCCGUGAUGUUGCUGAGAUGUACGAUAAUAUUCUUCAUAAGCCCCUGGUUUUGCGCCCAGGAAUCAGUCUCACAGCCUGGUCUAUCCUGGAAGAGCUUUUGGAGAAAGAUCGGCAAAGCAGACUUGGAGCAAAGGAAGACUUUCUGGAAAUUCAAAAGCAUCCGUUCUUCGAAUCUCUCAGCUGGACUGAUCUCCUUCAGAAGAAGAUUCCACCACCAUUUAAUCCUAAUGUGGUUGGACCAGACGAUAUUGGAAAUUUUGAUGCAGUGUUCACAGAAGAAAUGGUCCCAUACUCAGUUUGUGUUUCUUCUGACUACAACAUUGUUAAUGCCAGUGUCCUAGAGGCAGAUGAUGCAUUUGUGGGAUUUUCUUACGCACCACCUUCUGAAGAUGGGUUUUCCUAGGGACUUAGAAGCCAAGAGUGGUUUGGAAGUCUUGGGUUGAACUGAAAUGUUAGGGUUAUGGACACAUUCCAAAAUAGCGUAAAUAGUGCCUCGUCUUGUAUGUAGGUUUGAAACCUAUGAACAAACUUUCUCUGCUGUAUAGGAAGAAUUUGGGCAUUUUGGAUGGCUUUCUUUAGGGUUUGAACUGUUUGUUCCUGCUGCAGAAAAUAUUUUUUAAAACCUUUAAAAAGCAUUCUCUAUGUAUUUUUAAAGCAAAAACACUGACUGUUCUCCUCAAUCCCUUUGAGUUUACAUUCAUACCUAUCUAAUUUGGCUGGCACAAACAGCAGCAAAUUUAGUAAAUUUAUAAAUGCUUUUGUACUUAUUUACAGUGACUUUGUGCUUGAAUUGUAACUAUGCAAAUUGUCUUUUGUAUAUCCUGGUUUAAAAAAAGGUAAAUGUUUUCCCUGUUACCAGUUUGGAGUAUGUGUUAAUUUACCUGUCGGCACUUAAAUGAUACAUGUUAAGGACCAAGAUUCUUAAAGGACUUCUUCAGGAUGAAAACUUGGUCACAUAAAACUGGAUUGUUGCUCUUGUACUUGCUGAAGUACCUAUUGGCUCAACUGGAUUAUUUGAGGUGUGGGGGAUUACUCAAAGCAAGGACAGAACAAAUUAACUGGAUUGAUUUGAUAACAUUACUUAUUAUGUGUUCUACUUUUCUUUCUUCCCUGAGCUAUGUCUAUACUUCAACUACAUUAAAAUAUUUUUGGUUAAAGCUCUGCUUCUCCAAAGAUCUAAUAUGCAAUAAUCAUGGUUACUUUAAAAGUAAGUCAAUUAGCUUUGACAUUUUGGGGGUGGGUGGUGAGAUGAUCAUGCCAAAUAUUAGGGAUUUUUCUCACAGAUUGGUAGUUUAAAACACUUUUAUGUUCCAAAUUGAUUGUAUUUCAGUGCUCAUAGCUAAAUGUCUUUGUGUUUCAGUUUGCACCAUUUUAAAAUCUUCACUUGGUAUUGGGGGGAAAAUGUAAAUUACACUGAUGAUUUUUAAAAAUGUGAAAAGCUAUUGUAUUUCUCAUAACAUACACUUGUAUGGACAAACAUAAUUCUGAACAAUUUCUGUUUAAGGAAAUUUUUUUUAAACAAUGCAAAAAUUGACUGCAGUUACAGUGUAUAAAAGGCAUAUAAUGGUAGUAGUUUUAUUAUAUAUAUAUUACUUGUAAAUAACAACUUAUUUUUGUCUGUUACUCCAAAAAUGUUCAGUGUUUUUUGUUCACAAAUAGAUUCAGUUAAAUGCCUUGAUUUGAGAGAAGUCUGGUAAGGUACUGAUAGAUCACAAUGAUACAUAAAUUGAAUGAAUAUUACAUAAAUUUCAGUAUCUAAGUCACACUGAUUUUUGACAAAAUAAGCAUCUAAAAUAAAUAUACUGUGUCAA